AUGGAUCACGAAACCGAAUUAAUCGAGAGCAUCUCAGCGUUUGUGGACAACCAUCCUCAGUACUCAUUUGACGCUGUUUAUGAAUAUUUAAGUGGAAUGGAUAAUUGGAGGGAGGAACUGGCGUCGCUCGGUGCUAGAAAUUCGCCCGAACGCCCGAUACAGCCCCCAGUUGGAAAUGCCCCUGGGCCGUCUACAGGCUCACCAGAUGCUCGGAAUCCAGAUCCGCCUGUUUCUGCGGUACAACAGAGACCUGGAAGACGGGGCAGGAAACGACUUCCAACCAAUUCCAUAGAGAAUGUCACCACAGCAGUGGACGAACCUGAUGCUCAACAACAGCAGCAGAAGACGCCGAAUGAUGUAUGA